AAUUCCUUGGAAAGAUGAUCAUUGACUCGUUAUAAACCACAAAUUUGGUGAAAAGAGCGUCCUCUUUUGACAGCGAACUCCCGGAAAUCUCACCAACGUUGUCCCAAUUUGUUCAAAUUACAAAACCGGAUUUUCCACCAGGUUCUUGCGAUCAUUUUUUUUUCCUCUUUUGAUUCUGUUGAAUUUGUCUAGUUCCAUUAUUGUAACUCUAAUCGGCGAUGCGAGAUCGUUGAGUUUUCGGAUAUAGUGCUGUCAUUUUCACAAUUAAAAGGUCGAUCGGGGGUCAAUUUAUACUUUUUCUGCCGAUUUAAUCAGAAAGUUCACCAUGAGCGCGGUAUUUGAAGGUUACGAAAAGCAAUAUUGCGAGCUCUCUGCGAAUUUGUCGAAGAAGUGCUCGUCUGCUGGUCUACUUGAUGGAGAGCAAAAGAAGCAAAAGAUUUCUGAAAUAAAAUCUGGAUUGGAUACGGCAGAGGCUUUGAUUCGGAAGAUGGAUCUUGAGGCCCGAGGUUUGCAACCAAACAUUAAGGCAGUGCUUCUUGCCAAGCUGAGAGAGUAUAAAUCUGAUUUGAAUAAUUUGAAAAGUGAGGUAAAGCAAAUUGCAUCGACAAACUUGGACCAGGCUGCCCGAGAUGAUCUGCUGGAGGCGGGGAUGGCUGAUACAUUGGCAGUAUCUGCCAACCAAAGGGACAGAUUGUUAAUGUCAACUGAAAGAUUGAAUAACUCCAGUAACCGGAUCAUGGAAAGUAGAAAGGUCAUGCUGGAGACAGAAGAGCUUGGCGUGUCACUUCUUCACGAUUUACAUCAACAGAGACAGUCUCUCUUACAUGCUAAUAACACGAUGCAUGGCGUGGACGACAAUAUAAGCAGGAGCAAGAAAAUUAUAAGCAACAUUUCAAGAAGGAUGGACCGGAACAAGUGGAUUAUUGGUGCUAUAAUCACAGUCCUGGUUAUUGCUAUUGCUGUGAUCUUGUACUUCAAAUUGUCCAAGUAAUAGUUAUUGAGGUGUGGCGAAUGCAAGUUCUUGUGGUUUUCGUCUUGUCAAUUUAGUUAUUCCGAGGAUUCAAACGCUCUGUGGUAGGAUUAGCUGUGUAUGUUAACAACUGUUUUAUGAUUUGGAACUUCUUGUCAUUCUACAGUUGAAUAAGAACUACAAAUUGUUGUAGCCUUGUUGUAUUCACCUGUAAAGUCGAAAUUGGGGCUACUGAAAUUAUUUGAUGAACUGUAAGUUUUGUAAUUUGAUUAUCGUGUUUUCUCU